AUGGUGGCUUGGAGUGUAUGGAAUGAGAGGAAUAGAGUGAUCCAUGGCAGAGAAGCUCGUCUACCUGCUGAAGUUGUAGCAGCAACGAGCUCGUUGUUGGUAGCAUUCACACAAGUUAGAGAGGAGUGUACAGUAAGGAGGGGUGAAAUACGUAGAGCAAGGGAGGAGGCAAAGUGGAGACCACCUGAUGAUAAUGUACUAAAACUCAAUGUUGAUGGUGCAACUUAUAAAGAGGGUGGAGUGGGGAUGAGAGUUAUAAUAAGGGACAAUGGAGGCACCAUAGUUCGUGCGGUUUGCCAACAGGUGAGACAAAGUUGGGAUGCAAAUGUUACAGAGGCAAAGUCAAUCAUUCUUGGGUUGAAAAUGGCGCUUCAAUGCAAUGCUAGUAAGGUAGUAGUUGAAUGUGAUUAUCUACAAGUAGUUGAGUUAAUAAACCGUAGGAAGUUUGAUGGCUCUUAUUUUGGCAUGCUUAGCCGAGAAAUUAAUGCUAUCUCUAGUUCAUUUGAUGUUAUUUUAUUUUGUCAUGUUUAUAGGGAGGCUAAUUUAGCGGCUGAUGUUAUGGCUCAACUUAGUCCACUUGAGUAUUCUACGAGAGUGUGGGUAGGGAGUUGUCCAAGCGUAGUUGAAGAUGUAAUAGCUUCAGAUUUUUGCUUUAACGUUAAUGAAAGUUAG